AUGAGGUGGUUAACCACAUUUGUGAUAGUAGCUCAUGUCACACUCAGUUUUGCCUACGAUGACGAAUCCAUUACUUGCGGAUCAGUAUUGAAACUUUCCAAUGCAAACGAAGGUUCCCGAUUGCAUUCUCAUGAUGUCAAAUAUGGUAGUGGCAGCGGUCAACAAUCAGUCACUGCUGUUACGGCUUCUGACGACGUGAAUUCACACUGGCAAAUUUAUCCAGCCCUAAACGAGAAGUGCCAUCGCGGUGAUCCGAUCAAGUGUGGUGACAAAAUUCGACUAAAACAUCUCACUACCGGCUGCUUCCUGCAUACUCAUCACUUCCAAGCACCUCUCUCCAGCCAUUACCAGGAAAUAUCGUGCUUUGGUGGUGACACCCAAAGUGAUACUGGAGAUAAUUGGCAAAUUCUUUGUAAUUCGGAUGAGUGGCUGGAGAGUGACGCUGUGAAGAUUAAGCAUGUUGAUACUAGUGUGUACCUAGCAUUAUCUGGACAACAAUUUGGUAGGCCGAUUCAUGGCCAGAGAGAGGUCGUCGGAACUGAUGGUAUUACAAGCGGUGGAAAGUGGAAAGCCGCUGAAGGAGUGUACAUGAAGAAGAACAAAGACUAG